AUGGUCGCAGGUAAACGAACCCAAGUACAAGUAUCAAAAACUAAAGUGUGGCAUACGCUGCGUGAAGAGGGGCUGUAUCCGUUUCACGUCCAACGUGUACAAGCCCUUCAACCUGACGAUUUUCCAGCAAGAGUGCGGUUUUGUGAGUGGUUGUUGCAUCAACAUGACAAUAAUCCGGACUUUUUGAAGUGCAUAUUGGUGACAGACGAAUCUACGUUCACGCGUAAUGGGGUGAAUAACUUUCGCAACACUUAUGCUUGGUCAGUAGAAAAUCCGCACGCUGUCCGUCGGGCACAUUUUCAAAAAACAUUUUCGGUGAAUUUUUUGAAUGAAUUAUUUCCGAAUAGGUGGAUCGGACUCGAUGAUAUGCUGUUUAAAUGGUUUCAACAAAAGCAGGACCUAUGCUACAAACAAAGGCUGGAGAAUUUGGGAAAUUGA